CAGUUCCCUGACAGCACCUGACACGCUAAUUGGGACAGAAGAGUUUAUCUGUCCUGAUCAGCGGUGUUCCCUGCAGUACACACCCCUGCCCCCUAUAAAAAAAGAACACUGUUAGCCAUAUGAUCGUCCCACAUGUUAACCCCUUCCUGCCCAGUGCCAUUAGUACAGUGACAGUGCUUUUCAUUAGCACUGAUCACUGUAGCGGUGUCACUGAGGAUGUCAGUGACACCAAGUCAGUUCCCCCCAGUGUCAGAAUGCCCGCCGCAGUCCCGCUAUAAGUCUCUGAUUGCCACUAUUACUAGUAAAAAUAA